AGGGCUCCAGUACAUAAUAUCUCCUAUUAUCUUAUUGUGAAUUGACAAAAGAGAUUAAACGGGUAAAUAAAGGUUUUUAUGUUCUAUUGACAAUAAAAAGCAAAACAAUAGGAAUUAAUAAUGACAACUCAGCAGAGCAUAGCUGAAGUAAAGAGAGGUGAUUUAACACCUGCUGAGAGAGAGAUGCUACAGGUUGCUGCUGCAGGGGAUUUGAAAAAAGCCGCUCGACUGCUCAGAAGUAAAGAAGUGCGUGUUAACUGUCUGGAUGAGAAUGGCAUGACCCCUCUAAUGCAUGCUGCUUAUAAAGGGCAAGCAGACGUAUGCAAGCUGUUGCUGCACCAUGGAGCUGAUGUAAACUGCAAUGAGCAUGAGUAUGGCUAUACUGCUCUCAUGUUUGCUAGCCUCUCAGGCAAUGCUGAGAUUACAUGCAUGAUGCUGGAUGCUGGGGCAGAGACAGACCCGGUCAACUCUGUGGGUCGGACCGCAGCACAAAUGGCAGCUUUUGUUGGCCAGCAUGACUGUGUGACAGUGAUCAAUAACUUCUUCUCAAAGACAAAAUUAGAAUACUACACCAAACCACAGGGCUUAGAAAAAGAACCCAUGCUGCCUCCAAAACUGGCAGGACCUUUAUAUAAAAUCAUCAUGACCACCAAUCUUAACCCAGUCAAGAUGGUGAUGAUGGUGAAAGAAAACCCGCUGCUAGUAGACGUCGUAGCUCUAGAAAAGUGUUACCGAGUGUUGGAUCUGCUGUGUGAGCAGUGUGUGAAGCAGCAGGACAUGAAUGAGGUGCUGGCGAUGAAGAUGCACUACAUCAGCUGUGUGCUACAAAAGUGUCUGGCCUUCUUAAGGGAGCGUGAUGACAAACUAGACACUCUCCUCAAAAGUCUUUUAAAAGGACGAGAUGGUGAUGGCUUUCCUGAGUACCAGGAAAAAUUCAUUCGUGACUGUAUCUGGAAGUUUCCUUACUGUGAGGCGACUCUGUUGCACCAGCUGAUCCAAAACAUAGCUCCAGACGAAACUGUUAGUGAAACGGGGAGCGCUCCAAUGGCCUUCUCAGCUCUUACUCAGGCAUUAACAGGUCAGAUGGCUCUAAUGGAUGCCGAGCUUUGUGCCACAUGCGGAGAGAGAGGCGCAGAUAAGAAGUGCUCGUUCUGCAAAAUGGUUGUCUACUGUGGGCAGGCUUGUCAGAAGCUGCACUGGUUCACACAUAAGAAAGUGUGCAAGGCCCUGCAGCAACAGAAAGAUUUCAUUAAUGAAGAAUGUCCCAGAGUGAGAGAAAUCCCUGCAAAUGCUAAUGGAUAUGAUGAUAUAGAGGGAACUUGCAGCUCAUUGCUGGGUCUCUGUUUGGGUUUUGCGGAGCUUGAACACUCACAUUCCUUUUCUCAGAACUACUGUGAGCCUUCAAAUGCUGUUGCAGUGGCCAUGCCUGGCUGCCAGGACAGGGGAAGAGAUGAUCAUCCUAGAGACAUAAGACCCCACAAUCUACAUUAGACCCAGAAACGAUUCUCAGGGUUUGUUUGAGUUCUUAAUAAUUAUAGCCUCCUGAAUGUAUUAUAUUUUAAAUAAUUUUAAAAUGAUAAAUCAAAACCUUUAAGGGUUCCUCUUAGUGCCUUUUAGGGUGAUAGAUACAGUGACUGUACAAUACCAUUUGAAAUGUUUUAAUUAGUACAAAAGCGUAUUGUUUUCAUUUUCUUAAAGGCAUUUCAGUUAAAACGCUUAUGGUUAACAUUGAUGCCCUUGUAUGGAUGUAUUUUGGAAUGUAUUUUGAAUAGAUGUAUUUUGGACUG